AUUUACUGAUGGAAGAUCCCAACCAAGAGACCCUGACCAUUGAGCAUGAGGUAGAAUUUAGCAGAAAUUCUAGCAUCGGCAAAAAGAGAGGCAUUUUCUCUGAGAAAAAAGAUGGAAGUAGGACCUCUAAGACUGUCAAAAAUAGCCUGGAAAAUCCUUUCCAUCACAGGAACAGAACAACUUACCAACAUAAUCACAACGGGGUGCAAAAAGACAAAUUAGAGAUAAAUAACGCCAGCACCCCAGACAUUAAGGGGAGCACGCAGUUAUCUAGCCCAAAGGAAGAUAGGAGAGAUUAUGAUAAUUUCAUUUUUAACGGUACUGAUCCCUCAAAAACCUUUAUUUCGACUUCUGAUCACCAACAGCAGAUGUCAAUAAUGGAAGAUAGGAUCACGAAACUCGAGAACCUAGUCUGGACACUCUAUAAAGAAGUUAACGGAAGGAUUGACACGACAGCGGCUACAGCCCAGAUCCAACUAGAGGAGAUCUCCAGCCAAAUUACUCUAAACCUGCAGACUCGAAAGUCUGAAGAAGGCUACGAGGGCUGAGCUGAAGAGAACAACAACGCCACUGAUACACACAUCUUUGAAGGUGAGUGAGAAGGAGAAGGCUACCUUCAAACCAGUCUCUGUAAGGUAGAAGAAGAGCUCAGCAGCCAGUACUACAGCCAAGAAGGAGGUGAUGAAUUCUCCAGAAACACUAUUGAUAGGAGUGAUCCUGUAGUCGGCCAAUCCAAGGAGAAAUUUCCUUACGAUUACCAACCUGCACUUGUGGAUAUCAACGAAGAGAAUAAGGAAGGGAGCUCUCAAUGCCAAAACUCAUUUGCCGACAACAGUCCUGAGUUCUACGGCAACCGAGAGGUCAUGUCCAAACAGACUGAUACUCCUGAGCACAGUGAAGAUGAGGGAGAAAAUGAAGAUGACGAACUCGAGUACUACUUCAGUUGCCAUGAAAGAAUGAUUCAUGAUUCUGACUUUGCGAAACUUCACAGUAACGGAUCGGAUGUUUUCAAGAACAUCACUAAGGAAGAUUUUAAGGAGAACAACACAGCCCCAAAUCUGAGCAGGUCAACUUUGCAAGACCAAAUAGAUUACGAUCUUGUAAAUUUCAAAAUCAACGAGAGCUCCGUUGAGUCAUCCUUCCUCAACAAGAAUGCCAAUAAUACAAGCUUGAACGAGAACAAGGUUACUUGUUCUGACGUCAAGCCCAAACUGAUGGGCUUUCUUAACACAGAGAAGAUUGCUUCAAAGAUCAUGAUUCCUUCAAAACCUAGUGAAAGGAUCUACUGGAAAGAAGAAGCCAAAGAAGUCAGCUUCGGAAGGAACGAGAGUGGAAAUGACCCAUCCAAUGGUGACUUCGAGUUGAUGAAAAACCAGCAGUGUCAUACUAGCCUCCGUGCUCAGUUUGCAAAGCCAGAGACAAAACCAACGAUCUUUGUUAAUGAAGAGAAUCCAGCUAGGCAUUUUAGGAACAGAAGCUAUAUUCCUAAGAGAAGGGGUGACCAGUAA